AUGUCUUCAACCAGAAAGAGUAAUAAACUUGAGCGUUCAGCUUUAUGGACACGAAUUGAAGCCGAAUUUCAGAAUAGAUCUACUACCACAGCUCGAGAACUCUCCAAUAGGCCAAUACCCAUGGCAACAGAAUCAGAAGCACAGAAAGAAGAUGCGAUCGUGAAGGGUUUCGAUAUUGAGAAUAGAAAGGAAAACAACGAGGACAUCAGCGCGGCUCGGUCAUUUCUUUCGGACGUCAACACUGCUAUGGAAAUUGAUCAGUGGACACUGAAAACAUCCAUUCUUGGAAUGAAGUCAACCAUUACGGACCGAACAUGUGAAGAUACUGAAGUAAGUCAGUGGAGCCUAAAAAUGAAUGAUUGUGACCAUGGAAGAAGUUAUUCGGCUUCUUCAUGUUCUUAUCAUUUUGGAAACCAGCGUUGUUGCGAAUGUCCAAAUUGUCUGGAAUUGAUUGUGGAAAGUACAUCCUGGAAACCCGAAAAGCUCCGCAUUUUUCACUGCAAUGAUUGCGGUGGCACAACAAUUCGAGAAAUUCGAUCUUUGUAUAUUGAUGGAAGACCUGAGCGUUCAUAUUCGAUGAAUCCAAUGCAGCAUGAAUGGCACUGCUUUCAUUGUGGCUUCUCUGAUUCUGGCACUGUCUCGAGUCAUAAAAAUACUAACUUGCUUGAUGCUAAAAAUUUAGAUAGCCAUGAGCAAACGAUAUCCGGCACUUCGGUUCUCACUUCAGUAUCCAAUCUCUGCAAACACCCCAUUCCAUCGUGCUCUCACAAGCAUAGCCUUCCAAUACGAUCGGACUCAACACAAUGUAAAUAUAGCAAAAAGUGCAAUGAAAACCUUGAAAAGCAUGCAAAAAAUGAUAAAUGUGACUGUCUGGUAAUCAAUGAAUCUCAGAUAGGAUCAUCAUUUAUGCAGAAAUCGAAAAUUGAAAUGGGAACAAUAAAGUGGGUAACAGAUCAGGAAACAUCAAUUAUCAAAUCAACGAAUGUUGCUACUACAAUGGCAUCAUUGAAAGAUUAUGUUGUUUAUCAGUACAGUACUUAUUGUUUAGCUGACAAGUUCAUAUAUUGGAUUACUUCAAGUAUAAAGUAUAAAAUUAUAGCUUCACCUACACGGAAGAAUUCACUGCCACAUUUAAUGUCAGCUGAGAAAAGCGAAAAUUUGCAAAUGACGGCACAGAAAACACAACCAAAAAUGAAAUUGCUGCGUACAGCAAAGCAGGCAACAGAUUCAGUGCAAAUUAUUACUUGUAAAGAUGAAAUGGAAUCAAACGAGCAAAUGGGAAGUGAGAAAUCAUUAGACAGUGAAAUAUUGCUGACUCCUACAGCAGAAGUGACUGUUCCUCAACGGGAUAUGAAGUACAAUAUGGGAGCUGGAAGACUGUUUUCGAUUGAUCCUUCGCAAACCGCUCUCGAGCUAAAAUGUGAAAUGAUGGAGAUAAAUAAGGAGUCUCUGAAAACAGCAAGACAGAUAAGUGAAACAGAUCUUUCGAAGGUCAGAGCAGAAUAUACUGCACUCAGUGAGUCCAAUAUAGAUCGUUACGUGGUAAUGAAUGUUGUGAAGAGGAUUUCAGGAGAGAAUGACGCGGUUCAUAAUUCUUCGAUAAACAGCGACGAUAUUUCUACAGCUAAGUCGACAUUUGUUGAUAUCACUAGUUUGUCAUCGACAAUCGAUCAUUUCCCAAAUUCCAACCUUUCAAUGGUGGAUUUGAAAGCAGGUCGGCCAGAUGACAGGAAAUUUGAUAUCCGAACAAAUACUACAAAAUCUCCAGGGCUAUGUGCCACACCGCAACCAACAGCGGGUAAUUCCGCCGGAUGCAUUCCAGCAUCCUAUCAUUAUCGGACACCCACGCAUACAGAGCUAAACAUCUCUUCUCAACAAACGCCGCCAUACAUGGCUCCAACUAUAUCAUCUACCAUGAAAAUGAAACAAAUAAUAAAACAGCGCACCUCUUCAGAAUCGCCGAUGUGGUCUUCUCGUCGACCACAUUCAGUUUCAGAAGGAUUACAUACAGCAGCUUCUUUUACGCCAUCAAGAAACAGAGGAAGUCAUCGAUCGAGACUGCGCUUAUGGCAGCAAACGACAUGGCAACCAUUACCAAAAAUAUGUUACAAAAAAUGCUUUGCUGAUAAUCUUCCUGAGGCGGAAUUACUCACUAAGGAUUGCGAUAUGGGAAACAAAUUGAAUCAUCAAAAUUUACGGCGAACAUUAUUACAACCAGUCGCUCGUCGUUCCUCACAUCGUGGCGGUUUGUAUCAUAACUAUUUAAAACAACGAUAUUGGGAUCGAAUAACAUCAAAAUAUGACAAAAUAUCGCGGGAUGAACGUUUCAUGAAACAAGAUCAACAAAGGACAGCAGCUUUAGCACCGACUGAUGUCCAAAAUUUGGAACAAACUGAAUUGCAGUUGUCACCAAGAAAAUCAUGUCAGGAGAAAACUUCUCGAUUUUGUUUUGACAGCGAUCAUUCACAACAACAAGAUCAGGUAGAUGAUGAUGCUUCAGCACUUGAUCUUUGUACAGCUCAAGUUAAAACACCACGUGGUUGGCAAAGAACAUUUUCACAUGUGCCGUGCAAAAUUUCACGUUUUGAUCGCUUUGUACCACAAUUUGUGGAGGCUGUUUCUGCACAGCUAUGGAUGACCGAAGCACCGUUAAGGCAAUCACCAUCAAAAACUGCCGGAUAUAACAUUUGGCAACGGAUUGCUUCCAAUUCAUCUCAGAAAAUCUCUCGUUUGAACCGUUUCUGGAAACAAGAAAUUAGAGAUAUGAAAUCACAAUGUAUUUCACAACUGGAACAAUCUGCAGAUCAAUUUAUUUUAACGGAAUCAAGAAUGCUUCGAGGAUUGAUUUGGAAACGAACAGUUUUCAAAUCAGCGCAGAAAAUUCCACGUCUCGAUCGGUUUCCAGUUGCAAACAAUUCAGUAACGGAUACCUCUCAAGGAAGUUUUUUUGAACGAGAAGUUUCACUGGAUUUCUUUGUAACACAAUCACCGCUAAGAUCUGUCACUUCACCAAAUCCAUCACAGAGAGUUUUAUCCUAUGAGCAAGCAAAACUAGCAGUGCCUCUACGAGAAGCUUCUAGCGAGAGCAGUCGUUCGUCUUUACAUACCGUUCAGUUACAAUCACUGAAGACCUUAUUCACUGAAAGUCUCUCUUCUGAAGAACUAUCAGAGAAACAUUCGAAUUUCACAGAUAAACCAGUGCGUAGGGCUACCAUUUCGGAAUUUCUCAAGAAAAAUGUUCCAUUAAGUUUAUGUACGUCUGAAACACAGUCAUCAGAGGGAUCGAUAUUACCUGGUAUAAUAUUCUACGACGAAUCGCUAUGGAAACGAUCUAAAUCUAUACUGCAAAGGACUUCUCGCUUUGAGCGUUUUCAAGAAAGAACAACAAAAUCGUUCGGAGCACCUGCACGAGGAGCUUCUCGUUUUGAUCGUUAUCAAAAAAAUACUUUAUCAAUUUUAAGCACCCCUCGAGCAAAUUCAUCCUUUGCAUCGAUUCUGCCUGACACUUCGUCUGCUGAACGAUCGUUGAGCGAACGAUCAAAAUCAAUACUAUCUCGGAAAUUUUCUCGUCAAAGUUGCGCUUCACCUUCACCUGGAUAUUUCACACCUCCUCCAUGCAUUUGGAAUCGAUUAACGGUGGAAUCAACAAAGAAGAGUUCUCGUAUGGAGCGCUUCCAAAAUUCUGCUUCAUUGGACUUAUGUACCGCUCAAAACCGUUCGUCAAGUUUAUCCCUGUUUUCUGAUAUUUCGCUCAUUGCAUCAAGCAAACAAAUAAAAGCCGUUCCGUCGAAAAACUGUUACCGUUAUUAUCCAGGUCAAGGAGUUACUACAGACACAUCCGAUUCUUACCAAAAGGAGAAAAUGUUGGAUAGAAAUUCUCGUUUCAAACGUUUCCAGAAAAAUUUUUCACCAAAUUUAUAUACGGCACAAUCUACUUCCUCACAAAAUUCAUCAACCGAAAAACAAACAGAACAGGGAGUACCUCAUAAAAAUUCAUGUCACAAACAUUUUAAAACGGAUCAUAUUAGUUCUGAAGUAAUGGGUCGAGUUAAUGGCCCGUAUGAGGACCAUUCUCUUUGCAAUGGUUCUCCAAUAUACUCAUCGCUUACUGCCCAACAUCGGUCAUCAGGACAAGCACUGACCUGCCACUCACCAGAUAGUAUAGAUUCAUGUAGGAAUAUGUACCUAACCUACAGUACUACACAGACCGUAGAUUCUGACAGGAACAAGGACCUGAAGCAGAAAAUCAAGUAUGAGGAACAAUUUGAGAAUCCUACUGCCAUUAGUUUAAAUAUGUUUAACGGAAUUAGAGACGGAAAGAGUAGUGAAUUAUGGAACGGUACAACAACACAGCAAAUACGAGAGAUUUCACAUUUAGAUCGAAUAGAAGGACAGCAUUUUGGUGUUCGAACACUUUCAGCAGAGAAGAAGCUGUCAAGAUCACAACUGCUUGUCGAUGGUAACACUUCAGCUACUAAAGACUUAUCUUUCAAUGAUGAUGUUCUACGAAGGACAAAACCAAAAGAUAGUGGAGAAGUACAAGAAGGAAUAGUUAAAGAAACGGGCUCACAUACUGCUUCCAUUCAAUUACAAGGAACUAAUUCAGAACGCACGGCACCUGGAGACAUCGUUUCGAGCAAUCGUGAAAUACACAUUGCAUUGCAAACCAAAUUUCAACCGAUGAAGCUCUGUUUGAAUGGAAUUACAGCAUCCGAAGAAGUUUGCAUUCAACGAAUUGUCUGCCAGGAUUUAUUUUCAUUGGUUUCCCCAUUUCUGGGAAGCGCUAUUGUUCCUAAAACUGGAAAAGCUACUAAUGGUGAAAACUGGAUACAGAACUUUGUCAACUUUGGCACCAAUAUCGGCCAAGCGCUACUUCAAAGGCAAAUUGAUCAGUCAGAAUCCCGGCCGCUUCAUACCAUACUUUCUAAAUCACCAACACCGAUUCCACGAAUCGCAGCUGUACAAUCAACGACAGUGACGAAGAUGAGCGAUGGGAAUGAUUACAGUUUUACUGUUAAAAAUUUUCAUGGGACACGAGCAUCGCAAUCUUCGCUAAAUCAUUUCCCGAUAAAUAGUGCAUCACAAACAUUCAAAAUUUUGCAAAAUCAGCAAUAUUUCGGUCAACAGCAACAACCACAAACAUUUCAUUCUCACCGACUACAACAGCAAUCUGCAUCCACAUUUCAAGCAGUAUCGCCUAUGUCUAAUAACGUAAUAAAAAAAUCAGCAACCUUAGGACAAGAGGUUACUAAAUUGCUAGGCGAGAUAGCUCAAUAUUCGGAUGUUCACCGUCAGCAAAAUCAGAAUUAUGGAUUAGUGCAGAAAUUACUCAACAUUUUCUUCAACUCCAUGUCUUCCGAUUAUAAUAAUGAUGAUAAUCGCACGCAGCCAUUACGGCCAAUGAACGAUGGAACAGAAAUAGGUCGUAACAGACCAUUUGCAAAAAAUUUAUUUGAGAGUGAUAUUGUUUUGACUGUAGAUCAAAUAAAAGGAAUUGCAAUGGCAGGAAAAGAACAACAAAUGAGUAAUAAUCAUCGAAGAAUUAGACGAAAAGUCAUUACAGGCAGCGUUUAUCGAUGGCCAAAAAAUAACAAUAUACCAUAUGAAUUUGCUUUUUCUGAUGAGACAUGGCGUAAUAUAAUACGAUCAGCAUUGUACUUUUGGCAACGCGAGACAUGUAUUCGAUGGCAGGAAAAUGGUCCAGGCUAUGAUCGAGUGGUUUUCUUCCGUGGAAGCGGAUGCUAUUCGAACGUUGGCAGAACAGGCGGUCAUCAAGAAAUAUCAAUUGGUUAUGGUUGUGAAAAUCUUGGUAUUAUUGCUCAUGAAAUUGGUCAUUCGUUAGGUUUUUGGCACGAACAAUCUCGACUAGAUCGAGAUCAAUACAUCAAAUUAAAAAAUCAAUACAUUGCUCCUGGUACCGAGGGUAAUUUUAUUAAACGAUCCUAUAUGGAAAUUGAAAAUAUGGGAGUACCAUUUGACCUCGGUUCUGUGAUGCAUUAUGGACCAAAUGCAUUCUCGGUUGAUUCAAAUCAUACAACGAUUGAGACGGUGGAUAAAAGGUAUAGUCAUACGAUUGGUCAAAGAUACGGUCCAUCGUUUAUAGACGUAAAGCAGAUGAACAGACUUUACUGCAAUGACAUAUGCGCAGCUUCGCCAUUAGCAUGUGCGAAUGGUGGAUAUCCCAACCCGAACAACUGCCGAUAUUGUAAAUGUCCAACUGGAUUAGGUGGUCCAACAUGUACUGAUGUUCAACCAAGUACCUGUGGUGCAGAACUGAUUGCAACAGGCAUUUGGCAACAGCUCAAUUAUAAAGGCUCUCAAAAAUGUUACUGGAAAAUCAAAGCAAAUAAUGCAAGAAUACGAAUUAAAAUUGAAUCGACAAAUUUUCGGUGUGAAGCAACAUGUCGAGCAUAUGUGGAAAUAAAACACAACUCCAUGUUUGAGCAAACCGGAUUCAGGAUAUGUUGCGGAAGUGAUGAAGUGAGUGUGUUAUCAGAGCAAGCAGAAGCUUUAGUUAUUUUUGAUGCUACAGAACUCGGCCAAGAUGGAUCAUUCAGUUUAAGCUAUCUCCAAGAUUCCAGUAAACCGUUAAUGAAAUCGUCGCCAUUGGAAUGGGUACCGGGAAGUGAGAAUCGUUUAUUCCGCGGUCUUGAGAUUGAUAAGAAUGGCUUGAUAGAGAAAAUUGUUUUGAAUGCCAUCCCAAAAAUCAGAGACCCACAACAACCAGUCGCAUCGAUCGCAUCUAUUAUCAAAGUAUAUGCGGAAGUACGAAUAAUGGCACUGUCAGAAGAAGUGAUCGCACGACGACUUAGAGCCGUUGAUCAGAGUUCAGAAUCGAUUCAGACGACAUCUAUGUGGAUAUUACAUCACCGCGAUUUAGCUGCACAGUUUGUGAACUGUUGGACAGAAGUGUUCAGAACUGCUGCCGAUCCUUUACAAAUUGCUCUGUUCUACGUAGCAAAUGAUGUUUGCCAAAAAGCAAAAAAAAAGGGCGAUUCACAUGUCCUGCUUCAAGCGUUUGCACCACACUGGGUCAAUGCCAUUUCGUAUUCCAGAGGUAGUGAAAACGUUCAAAAAGCUGUUAGUAGAAUACUUGAUAUAUUCGAAGAGCGUCAAAUUUAUUCAAAGUCACAACUGGCUGACAUGCGUGCUGCACAGAAUGACAGCAAUGAGUUGGAAGAUAAUACACUAAUUGAUUUCGAUAUUGGAAUUCUAAUACGUGAUGUUGAGGGUUAUCAUAAAGGAAAUUUGGUUAUGGAACGCGCAAGAGAUUUACUUUCUAGAAGCGACUUCAAUUUUAAGGAUAAGAUAAAGAGUCGAAUGAAAGAUCGUCGAGAUGGUGAGAAAUUCAUGGGGGAAAUUGAACAGUCUUACACAAAGCUAACAGAUUUUUUCGGAGCAUUAGCAAAGCAUCGCAAACGCGGACAACAUCUUCUGGGUGAAAUUGAACGGGCCAAACGCUGCUUCACUUUGCAACUACGAGAUGUUACUGUUGUGGAAGACGCUUACCAGAAAUUUGGUGCUGGGAUCGAUGAAGUUUGUGCAGAAGUGGAAGAAAUGUUAAAAACAAGUGUUUAUCCAGGUGCUUCGCCUCCACAUGAUGCCCCUUCACCGACAGCCAAUGAUGAUCCGUUUAGGGAGGGUGUCGAAAUUGCAUUCAAGCAAAUGAGAGGACCACAGUGCGAUUCUAGUGCACCACUGCCAUUACCAAAAGUAGUACCCGCCAAGGAGGAAUCCGUUGUCACACCUGAUUCACUUCAAACGGAUCAGUCAUUCAGAGGUUCAGCGCAUAUGUUAAAAGUGAUAGAAGGAAUCCGAGCAAGUGAG